AUGGUCAGCAGCGCCGUCCAGCUCCUGGGCUUCGUGCUCAGCUCUCUGGGGCUGGUGGGCACACUGAUCACCACCAUUCUGCCGCACUGGCGCAGGACUGCCCCCGUGGGCACCAACAUCAUGACGCCCGUGUCCUUCCUGAAGGGGCUGUGGAUGGAGUGCGCGUGGCACAGCACAGGCGUCUACCAGUGCCAGAUCUACCGCUCGCUGCUGGCGCUGCCCCGGGACCUGCAGGCCUCGCGCGCCCUCAUGGUCAUCUCCUGCCUGCUCUCAGGCAUUGCCUGCGCCUGCGCCAUCGUCGGAAUGAAGUGCACCCGGUGUGCCAAGGGCACGCGCGCCAAGACCAUCCUCGCCAUCCUCGGGGGCGCCCUCUUCAUCCUGGCCGGCCUUCUGUGCAUGGUGGCUGUCUCCUGGACCACCAACGACGUGGUGACCAAUUUCUAUAACCCACUGCUGCCGCCCAGUAGCAUGAAGUUCGAGAUCGGGCAGGCCCUGUACCUCGGCUUCAUUUCCUCGUCCCUCUCCAUCAUCGGCGGCACGCUGCUCUGCCUGUCUUGUCGGGAUGAAGCGCCCUACAGGCCCUACCAGGCACAGCCCCGGGCCACCAGGGCCCCCACGGCUGCCACUGCGUCCACAUGCCAGCCCCCUGCCGCCUACAAGGACAACCGGGCUCCCUCUGUGACCUCCGCCUCGUACAGCGGGUACAGACUGAACGACUAUGUAUAG